CAUCUUGUGAAUCGAUCUACCACGACCAAAUCACCAUGGCAGCUACACCGGAACAAACACUUCUCAGUGGGUUUAAGAUACCAUGCGUUGGUCUUGGGACCUGGAAGUCCAAACCAGGAGAGGUUGGGGCAGCCGUGAAAACCGCAAUAAAGCUGGGAUACCGACAUUUCGAUUGUGCGUUAAUCUAUGGAAAUGAAAAGGAGAUAGGAGAGGCAAUUAAAGAAUGUAUUAAUGACGGAAUUGUCAAACGUGAGGACUUGUUUAUCACAACAAAGCUAUGGAACACCUACCACAGUAAGGCCCGAGUACCGGAGGGAUGUAAGGAGUCCCUGACCAACCUCGGAUUGGACUAUAUUGACCUGUACCUUAUACACUGGCCUUUGCCUCUAAGGGAAAAUGUGGGAAUGUUCCCGAUAGCUCCAGAUGGCAGGACUGAUGUUGUCGAUAUAGACUACAUAGAAACAUGGACGGCCAUGCAGGAUUUGGUUGACCAGGGCUUGUGUAGAUCGAUAGGUCUAUCAAACUUCAAUUCAAAACAAAUCCAGAGGAUUCUAGAUCUUGGUUUGAAACAUCCUAUAACCUGUAAUCAAGUCGAAAUAUCUCCCUACAAUUCUAACGAAAAGCUGCUACAAUUCUGUAAAUCGAAAGGCAUUGUUGUAGUUGCGUAUUCCCCUCUGGGAUCAGCCGAUCGGCCAUGGGCUAAACCAGACGAUCCAGUAUUACUAGAGGAGCCAGAAAUAUUGAAGAUGGCAGCUCGGUAUAACAAAUCUGCUGGACAGGUUCUAUUGCGAUGGGGCAUACAAAGAGGCUAUAUCGUCAUACCGAAGAGUGUGUCCGAAUCCAGACAAAAGCAAAACAUUGAACUUUUUGACUUUAUAUUGGAUGAUGACGAAAUGAAUGUUAUACACGGAAUGAAUCGGAAUUUUCGUGUUUGUACAUGGAACAGAUCUAGUGCCACUCACAGCCCUUACUAUCCAUUCCACGAGGAGUUUUAGGAUAUGACACUUACAGACGAAAUGAAACAUACCCUUUACUUAGCGAACUAUGAAACAAAUCUAUAUUAUCAUACCUUUACUUCAUGUACUCCUCUGUAGGGUCAGUUGCUGUCUGGCUUUUUCUGCACACUUCUGUUGGACUUGCUGUUACCUUUCCUUUGAGGUUUUUAUAGAGUCGGUUGACGUUUUGUAUAAAAUGAUGUACUGAAAAGAAAAAGAAAUUCAAUUAUAUGAUGUGUCCUUGGAAGACAGGGAACCACUCUUUCACCUCUGAAAAUUCCAUCCACGUACUUUUGACACCUGCGUCAAAUUUCAGAUUAAUCCAAAGUAUCCUUCUUUAUAUGAAUACCGUUCUGGGCCCAUCAAUAUCCUGAACGCCCCACUGAUCUGCAGUGGUUGCAUAUACUCUUUUGAAGACCCUUCUCAAUGGUAUACGGCUCCAUUUCUACCAGCGCCAACGUCAAUUUAGCGACCGUUGAUUCGAUGGUUCGGCCUACGCCAUAUCCUUCUGUCCAAUUUGUCCCAUAAAUGUUUUUUCAUAGGGGAGCGGUUAUCGCUGUAUGGAGGCAUUUAGAGGGUGGGCUAUUGUUUACUAUGAAAUAAUAAUGACAAAUUCUAACUACAUGCGGUCGAGCGUUGUCCUGCCUGAACUUCACUCGACGUUGCUACGAGAGGAACAACACAAAAUAAAAUAACUUUAUCUUUAUAACGGGCGGUUGUGAGAUUUCAUUGAAUACUUACUAAGAGAGUCUUGAUACCAUGUAUCAACUCAUCCAAGAGCAAGUUCCUCCUCCAACGUUGCACUUGACGGAAUGUGCGUUCAGCCAAUUGCAUAUAAUGGGCCGAAAUAUGGCCGCUGCGAUCUCGGACUAAAUGCGCACUGUCUAUUACGCACUGUAUUUGGAUCUACUAGUAUUUGAACAUUAUGAUGCCCUAUUGUGUUCUUCGUAUUUUCCAUGGAAGCGAGAAAGCGGUUGGGCAGGUGUUUAAGUCGUAUUUUUCGAUCCUUCGAGAGAACAUUUGGGGACGUUCUGCAGCCCGUUAUGUGGCAUGGCAAAUGGUCGAUGGAUGGAACUACCUUGCAUAAAAUGUGCAAUGGAACGACCUCUCUCAACUUCCGAAUGUCGUAGAAUUAUAUGUUAAUCAUUUCCGUUGAAAUAUAAGAAUCCAAGACGGAUAUGUUUAACUAGUUGCUCACAGAAAUUUUAAGCCUGUCCUUCAGACUGAGCUUGUGAUAUCGUGUGUUUUCGCUAUUCUUUGAAAAGUCAUCAUAGUUAGUUUGUGACACGCAUCCGUGAGUUUGAAUAGUGUACACUAGAAAGGAAGACUUAAUAAACAAAACUUUAUCAAAUUUCAAAGGUCUACGCCAAGGAUUUGGUCUACAAUGCCGACUUUUCGGCGAUUGCGUUUCUUUAUUAUUUCAGUAUAUAUAUUUUCAUCUAUUUCUGGUGGUUAUGUAUUAUAUACUUUUCACUUAAAUGUAUUACUUAAUUUAUAUUCUACUAAUAUGACUACAAGGAAGACAAAUAUGUGAUGGUUAUUUGAUAAAUAAUUUCAAAUGACUACACAUGAAUGUAUUAAAUAAAUAAAAGUUUACUAUAUCUUUAUCCA